AUGGAUGCUUCUUCAACAUUCAUUGUUAUUAUCUUGGCCGCCGGGAUGGUGGCCUUCAUCGGAGCGGUUAUCUGCAUCAUCGCAGCCGUUCACACCGGUUCCUCCAGGGCUGCACAACAGCAACCAGCAACCGACAACCACUCGCUGUAUCCGGGCGCGAAUACUGCGGCGGGCUCCGUGGCCCGGGCCGGAUCUUUGGGCGCUCUCCAUGGUUCUGAAACACCCGAUUCAGAAGCACCGACCUUCAACAUCGGGCUCAGCGGGCUGGACGGUGUCACCGGACUCACCGGGCAUGACCCAACGGUCAGUCGACUCAUCUGCACGCCGAUCCCCGCCGGGGAAUGCAACACGAAAAACUUUCAGCAACAAGCAGAAGACCCGUCGCUUUACGCGGGGGAAGACUGGGGCUACCUCCGCACCACCGCGGAGGAGCUCCGGCAGACCGUCAUGCAACAAAAGGACCAGAUACUGACCGACCAGCGGACAAUCAGGGACCUGACGGGGAAACUAUCCGAGUGUGAGAAGGGGCUGGACGGCGGCAGCAGCAGCGCUGACAGACGCGGGAGCGCUGCGGGGUUGUGGGGGGGCAAAGGCUCGGCAGAGGAGACGCACCUGGAGCGGAUCAUGGUGAGGGGCAGCCCGGGCUCGACGCCCGACAAUGUACACUUGCUCACCGUUAGGGCUGUGGAUGAACUGGAGCAGGCAAUCACUCAGCUCAAGGAUCGCAUAGAGAAACUGGAGUCAGACAUUGGCCCAUUUCCUCACAACCAGACGGACAGCAACACCUCAGGAGCGCCAGAGGAAGGCGGGAUGUCUGGUGGUCCGGAAAGGUUGGCCGAUCCCGGGAACAAAGCUGGUGCUGACAGGCCCUGGAGGAUGGAAGACUUGGAGGGGGAGCUGGAGAGGAAGGUGGAGCUGCUGGAGAAAGAGAGAAAAACCCUGAGGCUGGAAACAGAGAAGCACAGGCAAGGAAUCGACCGGGGCAUCAAUAAACUGCACCACCGAAUCUCAGGACUGGAGGAAGGUGUCUCAGGACAUUCCUUCCCAGAGGGCUACCGGUUGUCUUUCCCAACUCGGACAAACUACAUGUACGCUGUUGUGAAACCCUCCAUCCCAGCGCUGCGGGCCUUCACCACCUGCCUGUGGCUGCGGCCCGCAGAGGGAGGAAUCGGGACACCUCUGUCUUACGCUGUUCCCGAGCAACCCAACGAACUAGUGCUGCUGCAAGGCCUGCAUACCCCCACUGAGCUGCUCAUCAAUGACAAGGUGGCGCAGUUGCCUCUAAACCUCUCCCGAGGCAGCUGGCAGCACAUCUGUGUGAGCUGGAGCCAGAAGGGAGGAGCUUGGCAGGCAUACCAGGGGGGGAAGCUGAGGGGCGAGGGUCACGCGCUGGCAGCCGGACAUCACAUCAGACCUGGAGGAGUGCUCAUACUGGGGCAGGAGCAGGAUUCCCUGGGUGGCGGUUUUGACUCAUCCCAGGCCCUGGUUGGAGAGCUGUCUCAGGUGGGUCUUUGGGACCGGGUCCUGUCUUCUAACCAGGUCGCCAGCUUGGCCCGCUGUGGCAGAAUAAGCCAGGGCAGCGUGGCCCCCUGGACCGAGAACGGAGUUGAGGUUUACGGUGGAGCAACCAAGGACCCGGGGGAGCCUUGUAGUAAACACAACAGGAAUUCUCGAUGA